CGCCAGUGUAGUCUUAUACCGGCUUUCAUCGGAAUUACUUGCUACGCCCUCAGACCUUCAAUUCGUUAAGCUGGACAAAGCGCUUUCAGACGAGGACUGUACCGAUUAGAGAGUUGCAUUCUUCUUCUUGUACAGGGUUCGCUUCUAGGACGACUGCAGCUCGUUGACCGCCACAGACCGUUGACCGCCACAGACCGUCUUUCCGGCGACUGAUAAUAUUAGCUGCAAAUGCCCGAAAGGUUAGUGCUGUUGGUUCGGAGUAGAUAAACAAUGGGGAAGCAAUGUCAGAGGCCAAAGAUGUAACUUGAUUGAUUCCCAAAAUCAUGAAGAGGAAAGGGAACGGUGACAAAUUGGAUAACAUUACCUAUGAUGAGAAUGCAUUUCAGAAGAGAUAAGAGAAUUGCCUUUCUGAUAACUAUGUAGUUCUGAAGAUACAUAAGAUAAUGGCCAUUAGCUACAUUGCAUAUUCUGUUUUCUUUUUAUUUAGCUCCUUUUCCUUCUUGUAUUCUUAUUGCCCCGUGAAGAAGAAACGAAAGGAAACCAUAGGAUUACUAGGUAGACUAACAUUGUAAUACUUUUUCACAGAUGAAGCGAAGUAUCAACAUCUGAAAUAUCAUCAUGUUCGUUCUUCAUCUUUACAAACUAGACUGAAUGGUGCAAUCAAACAUGCAUGAGUAUGAAGGGAAACACGAAGCUUUUCCAUUCUCUAUAUGUAUAUCCUUUAACUGUGAGCUUGAGUUGGAAAAGGAAUCUAUUCGUAAGAGUUGAGCUAAGAAAGGAUGCUGCAGAUGUUCGUAGACAACCUUUAGAGGCAAUGUAUCCAAGGGAACCUGGUUUAUCACUUCAGAAGUGGGCUCACACGCAAGUUGCUGUUGGUGCUCGGGUGGCCUGCUACCAUGAUGGAAUUAAAGUUUCUCUCCCUGCUGUUUGGACACAUUGCAUCACCUUCUAUUCACUUUCUUCCAUGUUGAUCUUCAAAUGAAACUAGAAGCUCCAAAACCAGUAGUAAUUGGAUAUGCAGCACUUCCAUUAUCCACCCAUGCACAGUAUGCAACUGCCUUUAUGUUUGUCAUCUUUUGUUUUGUUUCUUUCCUUGAUGAUUUAUUAACUUACAUUAUUUGUUCUGCUACCGGAGUGAUUGGUAGAAACUGAGAAACCAGAUAUUGUAGCAUUUUUCCAGUCUGUAUUAGGUCCUAGCCUUCUUUGAUGCCAACUAAAUGCCAUAACAGUAUAUUUUCUAGUAAUUUAGACAUGACUUUUUCUCAUGCUUUUGUUAUCUGCAUCAUUUCAUUUUUUUCCUCGUUACAUCAUUCAAUGAUUUCAGCCUGUUGAACUACGUUCUGUACUCAGGUUGCGAUCAGAAAUUUCUCUACCGAUUAUGAGAAAACUGGUUCCACAGUAUCUUCGAGAAAAUGGAAAGGAGAGGCUGGAUUAUUUGGAAGAUGGAAAAACUAUUUUUAAAUUGCGAUUAAGGCUUUGCUCAUCUUUUUACCCAAUUAAUGAGCGCAUACGGGAUUUUUUUUCUUGAAUACGAUACACACUCUUCGAACAAGUCCUCCAUGGGGUUCUGAACUUUUGGAGGUAUAUUGGCUAUGCUUCUUUCUUCAGUGUUUACAGUUGUCUUGGUUAAAUCCAUUAUUAGUAUUCAUAAUCUCUUUAGUUUUGGUGUUUUAUAAUUUUCAAGUCAACUGAAAUUAUUCUAUGGUUGUGCUUGAAUUGAUUUAAACAUUCCCCAAAUCCAGUUUUCUUAAUUGGUGAUACAGCAUGUCAAUUUUAUAAAUGCAAGACACCAUG